CUCAUAAACUCCCUUCACCGCUUUGUUCAUCCCCCAAGUCGUCAAAGCACCCUCUGGCGAUUCCUACUCCCCGUGUUCUGUCCAAAAUCACACGGGCGCAUAAACACAAAAAUAAAAUCAAAAUCGAAAGAUUGAGAUCUCGAUCUCAAUGAAUCCCUCGACCGCAGCUUCGUCUUCCUCCUCCUCGUCGACCUCCUCCGGCUCUUGGUUCUCCGGCUUCGUCCGCGGCCGCUCCGGCAAGCUCGACGCCUCCGCCUCUUCCCUCAGAACCGCGCAGGCGAACCCCAUCGCCGGCGAGCUUCGUGGAGUUCUUCUCAAGUACGGCCCUAAGCCCGCUCAGGUGGCCUUUAGGACGGGUGACUUCAACCAGCAAGUCAUUUUUAUUGGUGGACUGACAGAUGGACUUUUGGCAACUGAAUAUCUGGAACCUUUAUCAAGUGCUUUGGAGAAUGAAAAAUGGUCCCUGGUGCAGCCCCUGCUCACAUCAUCUUAUAUUGGAUAUGGCACCUCCAGCUUGGAACAGGAUGCCUUGGAGCUUGAUCAGCUUAUUGGUUAUUUAAUUAACAAGGAAAAUUCCGAGGGCGUUGUACUACUGGGACACAGUACUGGUUGCCAGGAUAUUGUACAUUACAUGCGUACAAAUUUGGCAUUCUCUAGAGCUGUUCGUGGAGCAAUUUUACAGGCUCCUGUUAGUGACCGAGAAUAUAGAGCAACUCUUCCAGAAACUGCUGAAAUGAUAGACUUGGCAUUAAACAUGAUAAAUGAAGGCCGAGCAAUGGAUUUAAUGCCAAGGCAAGCAAAUCCAGAUGCUCCAAUAACUGCAUACAGGUACCACUCCCUUAGUGCAUACAUGGGGGAUGAUGACAUGUUCAGCUCAGAUCUCAGUGAAGACCAAUUGAAAGCGAGACUUGGUCACAUGUCAAAUACUCCUUGCCAGGUUAUUUUCUCAAUGGCUGAUGAAUAUGUUCCAGAUUAUGUUGAUAAAAAAGCUUUAGUGGAAAGGCUUUGUAGGGCUAUGGGAGGUGCAGAGAAGGUUGAGAUAGAAUGGGGAAACCAUUCUCUCUCAAACAGGGUUCAUGAAGCUGUAGCGGCUAUCCUCGACUUUGUUAGAAGAGAAGGACCCAGGGGGUGGGAUGACCCCUGGAGUUAGUUUAAAAAGUCGAUUCAUAUCAUACAUCAAUAUUUGUAGAUUUUCUUAAUUUAUCAUGUAUUUUAUGAUUCAUUUGUAUGAUACAUUGGGAAAUAUACUUAGUCAGUGUUACCUUUUUCCUCGCCAAUGCAAUUUCCUUACUAUUGACCACAGUAUAUUCUGAUUCA